GAGGGAGGGAGGUGGAGAGAGCUGAUACAGAGAGGUUGAUCUGAGCGUGUGCAGAGGCGUGUUUCAGCAGACGGAGCCGAGCAGGAGUCAGACCGUCGCCCUGCAGAGGAGGAGGAGGACAGCUGGACCGAGCCCCUUCAUCCGCAGACAUCAGGAAGCUGCUUCAGUCUGAAGACCAACAGCUGUGAGUCUCCAUGGCAAUAGACGUCUUUGUGCUGCUGAGCGUCUGUCUCACUGCAUGCGGGGCUUUCAACAUCGACACGUCAUUUCCAGUGCUGAAGACAGUCGGAAGCAAGAAUCUGUUUGGAUUCUCUGUCGCUCUGCACGAGGAUUUGAAGACAGGGAAGCACCUGCUAUUAGUCGGCGCUCCCAGGGAGAAGGCGGAGCCUAAUGUUCCAGCCAAUCAAACAGGAGGCGUGUACAGCUGCCAAGUCACAGCUGACCAAUCAGAAUGCAGUAGGAUGAAGCUCAUAGAUCCAAACCUGAGCCCCACUGAGGACCUGGUUGAGGACAUGUGGUUGGGGGUCUCAGUAGCCAGUCAGGGCCGGCCUGGAGGGAGGGUCCUGGCAUGUGGUCAUCGGUUCGUUAAGGUGUACAAAGGGGAGAGACGGAUGGUUGGCCAAUGUUACCUCCAUAAAAACGACCUGCGUAACAAAGAAGAUCGGGAGAACUGGAAGUCAUCACAGGACCAUUGCAAUUACCUUAAAGAUGAAUCUGGUGAGGGCAUGUGCACUAAAGGAAUCUCCGCCUUCAUCACGCAGACCGACGCCAUCUUCGGCUCACCUGGGAGCUACAACUGGCAGGGAGAUGUGCAGGCCCUUUGGAUGAAUCCAGACGAUGAGUUUGAUUAUUCGAAGCAGUCUGUAAAACAAAACAGGAGUCAAAGGAACAUUUAUUUAGGAUACUCAGUCACCCAGGCCAGUCAUCUUCUUUCUGGAGAGAGUCAAACCAUCGUAACAGGGGCCCCAAGGGACAAUAAACUGGACGCUCAUGGUUCUGUGAUGCUGUUGGUGAAACGGUCCAACAAUCUGGUGAUUCAGCAGACUCUACGAGGUCAACAGGUCGGCUCGUACUUUGGUAACGCCGUGGUAGCCGUUGACCUCAACAGAGAUGGCUGGAAUGACCUGCUGGUGGGCGCUCCAUAUUUCUUCAGUCGGAGGCCGGAGGCGGGAGGGGCAGUUUACGUUUACAUGAACGGAGGGGGGAGGUUCCACUCUGAACCAAGCGUGGUUCUGAUGGGUCCUGAUGGAUCUGCUUUUGGAAUGGCAGUUGCUGCUGCAGGAGACCUCAACCAAGACGGCUUCCAGGACUUUGCAGUGGGAGCUCCUUUCUACGAUACAGGAUGUGUAAUGAUCUGGACCGGCAGCAAAGAAGGUGUCUCUACAGAACCAAGUCAGGUGAUCCAGGGCAGCACUGUGUUUCCUGGGUUCAGGACCUUCGGGUACUCCCUGGCUGCAGGUGCUGAUGUUGAUGGGAACAAUUAUCCAGACCUGCUGGUCGGCUCUCUGGAUGACACAGUUGCCCUCCUCAGAUCUCGCCCAGUCCUCCAGCUGAGUAACACGCUCAACGUUUCUCCGUAUGUUGUGGACCCAAACGACUGUGACUUCUGCAUCGAGGUGGAGCUGUGCUUCUUCUUCAAGGUCAACGCUGGAAGAACCAUCAGCAACAUCACCGUCAACGUCACUGUGGCUGCUGAUGUCACCAGCUUCAAGCCCCGCCUCCGUUUCCAUGACAACAGAGAGAGCGUGCACUCCAGUGUCCUGUCAGUUUGGAACAGAAAGUGUGAAACGCUGAAGGUCGGAGUCAUGAGUACCAUCCAGAACGUGGUGGAACCUCUGGUGUUCUCUCUGACGGCGUCUCUCCAUCAGAACCUUCCCAACAGAGGCAACGUUGUUCAGGACCUGAGACGCCUGCCUGUUCUCAGCCAGAAACCUCAGCCCAUCAGAACCCAGAUCCACUUUCAGAAAGCCUGCGGCUCCGAUAAUGUUUGUCACAGUAACCUUCAGAUGGUGGCCCAGUUCACACAUGAGAACCAGGAACCCUUCCCCAAGCAGAACGGCAGCCAGCUGCUGAAUUACGACAGCAGCAUCAGGAGGUUGCUGCUGCAGGUCAACGUCAGCAACACCGCGUCACCGGGUCGGCCCGCAGAGGACGCUCAUGACACCAUCCUCAACAUCAGCAUCCCGCCGUCGCUCGUUUACGCUGGGGUGGAAAAACAGACGAUGGAGGGGGAGAUCUCAGGAUCCGUUGAGUGUUUUGUUGACAGCGUCACUCUCCUCUGCCUGCUGGGGAAUCCUUUCAGGAGCAACCAGAAGGCUCAGUUGUUCAUCAAGUUUGAGCCAUCUGAGAUCGCUUUGGACACCAGGGAGAUCCGGUCUCAGCUGCUGCUGUCCACGCUGAGCGAGCAGCCACACCUGCCUCCCGUCUCUGUCUCCUUGCUGGUGGAGUAUUCCCUGCAGGCGUCCAUCACGCUAACCAAGCCCGGUCCAAUCUUCUUCAGUGGCCACGUGAUCGGUGAGCAGGCCAUGAAGAGGACCGAUGACGUUGGCAGUCUGGUGGUCUUCACCUUUCAGGUGCACGUCCUGGGGAAGCCUCUGGGCCACCUGGGUAACCUGGAGGUGGAGUUCAACUGGCCGAAGGAGCUGGCGAACGGAAAGUGGCUGCUGUACCUGACGGAGAUCCGCUUGGACGGCACCUCGAACCGUCAGUGCACCCCCGAUGACAUCAUCAACCCUUUAAACCUUCUGAUGUCCGAUGAGGAGAAGAGGAUGGGGAGGAGCCUGGAGGUGGAGGAGGAAGAGGAGGAGGAAGAUCAGGAAGGGGCAACUUUCCCUGUCCUCAGCAUGCAGAGACAGAGGAAAGUCCUCACACUGAGCUGUAGCAGCGGGGCCCGAUGCGUGAAGUUUUCAUGUCCUCUCCUAAACAUGAACAAGUCUGCAACGCUGACGGUGAGGAGUCGACUGUGGAACUCCACCAUGAUCGAGGACUACAGCGAUGUGAGCAGCGUGUUGGUUCAAGGCCAGGCCACCUUGAGGCUGAAGACCACGAGGAGCACCAUCAACGUGAAGUCCUUCCCCUCCCUGAUUGAGCUCCACAUUUACCCAGAGGCUGGACUGCAGCAGAACUCCGGCAUCGCCCUGUGGAUCAUUGUGCUGUCAGUCCUGGCUGGAGUGCUUCUGCUGGCUCUAAUCUGCCUGCUGCUGUGGAAGUGUCGGUUCUUUGCCCGUCAGGAGGCGUGGCAAACAGCAGUGCUUCGGCAGAAAAGGAUUGUGGGUAACACCGAGCAGCAACAGCAGCAGCAGCACAUGAAUGAUGAUGGUUUCCUGAUCCAGGAUCAGGUGACCUUGACCCGGAACAGGAAGAGCCAAAAACACUGGGUCACUAUUUGGACUGAAUCUCACUAAGACUUGUGGACCCUGCAAUGUACCAAACUAAACCAAACCGGACCAAAUCUGAUCAUCACUGCCAGUCUGCUGCCUCACCUGUGUGCUUCACCUGUUCACCCUGUGGGGUGUGAAAACUUUCUUAUUGGUCAUUUUUCUAUUGAUCUGUGUGUGAUUGGUCUUCAGACGCCUGUAAGAAUCAACCACAGACGUGUUAUUGUUCCUAAACGGAUUAUUCAGAUAUUGAUCUUAGAUGAUCCGUAUAAAUCUUUUAAUUUGAAGGGCUCUAUUAAAAAACUGUGGAACGCUCCUUUAAGAACCAAAUAUUGCUGCAGGGUCAGCGUCUGCAUCUGUGCUGCCUUCACAGCUCGUCUGUAAAUCCGUCCUGCUGCCAUCAAAUGCUGCCUGGUCCAGUGUUGUUCGUCUUGUAGAUAUGAGCGUACAGUUUAGUCAUUUCUGAAUUCUGACAGCCUCUGAAAGCAGCUUCUAUAUUCCCCUCCACUGUAGAUGGAUGUGUUGUCUGAAUGUUGAUUAUAUUAAAACAUAUUUUUUUUUAUAUUUCACUGGUUAAUUAUGACGCUGGUGUAGGACUGCAGACACCAGAGAGACUGUGGUAUGUAUGCGCUUUACGUAGGCCCUCAGAGCGUGUAGAAGACUUCUGAUUGUUCUCAACAUGGUCCUGGACCUCUGAGCCUGAGGAGCUGUGCAGCAGGUCCUUUAGGUGAAAGCUGGAAUCCAAUAAACAGACAUUGUUUUGUCCAGAACAUCCCGAAGACCAUCUACUGGACUGACAUCAGGAGAAGCUGGUGGACCAGUCGGCACCUUGAACUGGUUGUUCAAACCGUUCUGGAGGCAUCUGUGCAACAGGGCACAGAGUGUCAUCCUGCUGGGAAUCCCGUUUUUCAGAAAGGGAUGAACAUUAGCUUCUGGAAGAUUAAUGGCUGGAGCUUUAUUGACUGUGAAUUGCAUCAUGUCCUUCAUCCAUACUUUUAAAUUUAAUUCCAAACAGAUUAUAGUAAAUGAAUAUUGUGCAGAAGCUGUAAAUCUUGUUUAGGAUGAAUGAAAUGGUGCAA